UCAGAACAGGUAGGAAGGAACAGGGACCAGCUGCGAUGGCUUCAGGAGUCCUGAUGAACAUAAAGGAGGUGGUGACCUGCCCCAUCUGCCUGGAGAUCCUGACAGAACCCAUGAGCCUGGACUGUGGGCACAGCUUCUGCCAAGCCUGCAUCACUGCAAACAACAAGGAGUCCAUGAUCAGCGAAGGAGAGAGCAGCUGCCCUGUGUGCCGGAUCAGGUACCAACCUGAGAAUCUGCGGCCUAGUCUGCAUUUGGCUAACAUAGUGGAGGUGCUCAGGGAGGUCAAGUUGAGCCCAGAGGAGGAGCAAAAGAGUGAUCUCUGUGUGCACCAUGGAGAGAAACUCCUGCUCUUCUGCCAGGAGCAUGGGAAGAUCAUUUGCUGGCUUUGCGAGCGGUCUCAGGAGCACCGUGGUCACCACACAUUCCUCAUGGAGGAGAUUGCCCAGGAGUACAAGGAGAAGCUCCAGAAAGCUCUGGACAGUCUGAUUGCAAAGCAGCAGAAAGCUGAAAAAUUGGGAGCUGACCUUGAAGAGGAAACAACUUCCUGGAAGAAUCUAAUAGAAAAUGAAAGCCAAAGUAUCCAGGAUUAUUUUAAAGAACUAAGAGGUAUCCUGGACCAUGAGGAGCAGAAGGAGCUGCAAAGGCUGGAGGAGGAGGAGAGUGAUGUUCUCAGUUGCCUGGCCCAGGGUGGCAGUGAACUCACCAAGCAGAGCCAGUUGUUGAGAGAUCUCAUUUGGGAUCUGCAGUGUCGGCUGCAGGGGUCAACAGCAAAGAUGCUGCAGGAUGUGAAUGGCAUCCUGCAAAGGAGUAUGACCUUCACUCUGAAGAAGCCAGAAACUCUCUCCAAGAAACAAAGGAGAGUGUUCCAAGUUCCUGAUCUGAGAGGGAUGCUGGAAGUGUUUAAUGAACUGACAGAGGCGCGCCGCUACUGGGCAAAUGUGACCCUGGAUCGUCGGAGGCCUAAGUCAAAUAUUGCUAUUCCUGAGGAUGAGAGAGAAGUGAGAAGUGAGUUCGGUGACUAUUAUCAGAAAGCACGUGGUCCAUAUGAGAGAGAAGAUUAUGACGAUUAUGGUGUCCUGGGAUUACCGUCUAUCACAUCAGGGAAGCAUUACUGGGAGGUAGAUGUGUCACAGAAAUCUGCCUGGAUUUUGGGGGUAUGUGUGGGGAAAUAUCCUUGGGUAUGUGGGGGGAAAUAUCCUUCCCCCAUUAAGAUGGAUUUUGGAAAAAAAGGUAAAAAUCACCAGCCUGUUUGCUCUCGGUAUCAACCUAGAAAUGGUUACUGGGUUAUAGGGUUACAGAAUUAUUCUGAAUAUCAGGCUUUUGUGGAUUCUGCCUCCUCCAAUCCCUCGUCCUUAACCCUGUUCCUGACCAUUCCUCCCCGUCGCAUUGGAGUUUUCCUAGACUACAAUGAUUGCACUAUCUCAUUUUUGAAUAUCACAAACCAUGGGUUUCUCAUCUAUAAAUUCUCUUCAUGUUGCUUCAAUCGGGAAAUUUAUCCAUAUUUCAAUCCUAUGAAAUGUUCUGACUCUCUGAAACUGUGUUCUCCAAGCUCUUAAACCUCUCAUACCCUCAUCCAUUUCUGUGUAGAGCCUGUUUCCUUGAAUGCUUCUAACUCAGUUUUUCUGCAUCACUGCCACCAUCUUAUCUUUGCUGCCUUUUUUAAAAAUUUGAACACCCAUCCUUCAUCAGUUGGGUAUACAAUUUGCCUCAUGUUAUCUUUCUCCCAAUAUCUUAUUUGCAUUAAUAAAGAAUCCUAAUUGAUCAUUUUUAUAAUUCUAAGGAAAAUGACUAAUGCCUCAUAAAAAAUGACAUGCAUGUAGGUAACAUCUCUACCAAUUUUUAACAUCUCAUGUCCUCUGCCUCUGACGGAGAAGAUGAUGGAAAGCUUUUUAACAACUUUGUACAUUAUUGGAAACCCUGUAUAGGCGUCAUUUACUUCAGAAUGAGUCCUCAGGUGUGUGUCAGUUUACCCCAUGAUGUUCUUUUUUUGUCAAAGAGUGAAGGAGAAAAUAUUAUAAAUAAUAUGUACCAAGAGUGGAAGCUUUGUGUCCAGAGUGUCUGAGUUCAAGUCCAGUCUCUCCACAUAGGCACAGUGAACCAUGAAUAAAAUACUUGAAUGCUGAUUUUAUUUUCUUUAAAUAGUCCUGGUAAUAAAACCACCAUAGUUAGAAUCAUUGUGAGAAGCAAAAUGUCAUUAAGUGUAUAACAUGUAAGUGUCUCAACUGAAUAAACAUUUUUCCUACUAAUUACUGAGAA